CCCUAAUCAUUCACAUCUCAAUUUCAACAUCUUCUUUGAGCUUUUCACUCUCUUAAUUAAUUAGGUUUCAUACUAAUUCUCCCAACGUGCGAGGUCAUGAAGAGACACAGAGAUGGAGUAGAGAGCAUAGAUUUAGUAAAUUGUCUAAUGUUGCUCUCUCAUCACAGAGAAAUCAAACCCCAAAAACUUUUGGGCCCUGAAGAAUUUGAGUAUAUGACAUGCAACCGGAAGUUCACUUCGUUUCAGGCCCUCGGAGGCCAUAGGGCAAGCCACAAAAAGCCCAAAUUACACGUAAAAGAACAGGGCAAAAUUCUGAUGUUGGGGAAUAAGCCCAAAAAACACGAAUGCACCAUUUGUGGUAGGGAAUUCACUUUGGGCCAGGCACUUGGAGGACACAUGAAAAAACACAGAAUUGCCGUUGACCAAGGGUUUUCUUUGAUAAACGAGGUUGUUGUAAAAGUACCGUUUCUUAAAAGGUCUAAUAGUAAGAGGGUUUUGUUCUUGGACUUGAACUUGAACUUGACUCCUCUGCAGAAUGACUUGAAGUUAUUAUUUGGAGAAAAGGCACCCAAAGUUGAUUCCUUCGUUUGAUCAAUUGUUCACUUGAUUAAUCUUCAUCUUUUGUUUUUCUAACACAUGUAUUCUUUCAUUUCUUUGAUGUAAAUGUUUUUUUUUCCUUUACGAUAAAGUGAUUGUUUAAUAUAUUCUUAAAGAGACGACGGGGGAGUUAAGAUGAUUACUAAGUAGCAUUUAUGGAAUAGCGUAA